AUGGGUGGAACUCUUAUUGGAGUGGGUAUGGUUCUUGCCGGAAGUUGUCCAGGAACGGUAUUCGUUCAAAUGGGUUCUGGUCUUACAAAUUCUUUUAUAACAUGUCUUGGUGCUAUUUGUGGAGUUUUGUUUUAUUAUACAUUUCUUUCUGCACGUCUAACAAAGGAUGAAGUACCAAAGUCAUCCAUAGUUCUAAAGCAACUUCCAGAAUUGAUAGGUAUCAAACUUAUUUACUUGAAUUUAAUGUUUGGUUCCAUAUUUAUUGGUACUGCAUUUGUUCUUAAACAUUAUGUUCCCUAUAAAAAUGACUUAAUAACACCGAAGGGACUUCGUAGUCUAGUAGGUUGGUCACCGGUACUAUGCGGUAUUGGCAUUGGUUCAUUGCAAUUAUUUUUCAUGAUGUUGUAUAAAAAGUCAUUAGGAAUAUCAACUGGAUUUACUGUAUUAGUUACACAAUUAUGUUGCAUGCGAUUCUUUAAAAACUUAAUACCAUCAUUAGAACCAUUCACUUAUGGAGUACAAAACAGUUUAGCAUUAUUAUUCGUACUUGGAGCUGUUGGAGGAAGUUUUAUUUCAACAGUUUCAGCAAAUCAAUUUCCAUUAAAUGAACAAUGUGGAGCAGGUUUUUGGAGUAGUUUCUUUGGAGGAUUUCUAUUAUCACUUGGUGCACGUUGUGCUGGUGGUUAUACAAGUGGUGUUUGUGCAUAA